CUCUGAGCUCACCAGCCCACUUUAAUACAGUGGGCGUGGCUGAGGAACACUCCACCACCGGAGCUCCAGGCAAUUCCGAAAAAAUCAAUCUUUCGUUCUUCACUAGGGUCAUGGUUAGGGUUAGGGUUAGCGUUAGGGUUAUUUUAUGAAACUAUGUCCUUUUGAUCUUUGAGUUGAUUAGACUCCAUGACAGUUACGAAUUAUUCGUAACAGAUUGGGGUUUUGAUCCGAUUCACGGAUCCAUGGUGAUGGCAGCUAGUAUUUUGGAUUCUCUGAAUUGAAAGCCUUUUUAUUUCUUUUGAAAAGUUCUGAAGUCGAAUUCGAUUCAAUUUUGUGUUUAUACUUGUGAAUUAUGGAGCAGAAAUCUCAAGAAAACGAGGUCAAUGCUGCAAUUCUCUGCGCCAAUAACUGCGGAUUCUUCGGAAGCGCCGCGACCAAUAAUCUCUGCUCCAAAUGCUACAAAGAGUUUGUCAUCAAGCAAUCCAAGGAGGCUUCAGUUGUCGAGAAUGAGAAUAAUACUGUUGGCGAAAACUCGGGUUCGGGAAUCGAGGAAGGAGCCGCCGCGGGAAGCCCCGAAAAAUGCCCUGCGAAUAGGUGCAGCUUCUGUAGGAAGCGCGUGGGGUUGACGGGGUUCAAGUGCCGGUGUGGACAGACGUUUUGCUCUAUGCACCGAUACUCCGAUAAACAUAACUGUGUGUUUGAUUACAAGAGUGCUGCGCAGGAUGCAAUAGCGAAGGCCAAUCCGGUUGUGAAGGCCGAUAAGAUUGAGAAGAUAUGAUGGCGAUUUGCAAUUGGCAAUGGCGAUGGCAACCGGUAAUUGAAUUGUUCGAUGAAUUCGGUACAUGGAUUAUGGAUUCUGCUUUAGCGAAUAAGCUUAUAUAUAUUUGAUAAUUGUUUGUGCUUUUUAUGUACAGUUGGGUGGGUUCUAUUUAUUGUUCCUUAAUGGUAUUUUAUGUGAUACAUUUGUGUUUAUAUUUCAAUUAGCUAUUUUCUUUGUCUUGGAA